GCGCACAGGUUUGACAACGACAGAAAAAGACACUUGGUGAAAAGUUGAAUCUAUUAUGUUUAUCACCAGACUCGUGGCGUUAUUGUCGCUCGUGUUUCUUGCGGUAGCAGAAAGAUCGUUGGUUGUGUAUGAUUCCGUUAAGAUUGACUUGGCCGAGCCUCCAAUCGAGUUGAAACGUGUGGUUGAAACCUUCAAGCUGUUGGGCCACGAAAUAUUGCUCAGAGGGUACCAAGAUUCCGAUUUGUUGAUGUUUGUAAGUGGAUAUGCUAUCUUUGACAACAUCGUGUUCUUGCCCACCUCUUCCAAGAAGAUAAACAGGAAGGAACAAUUGAAUAAACAGAACUUGGUUGAUAUUGCUAAGACUGCCAAUCUCGUGUUUGUGGGAGACUCCAACUACAAUUACCCUGAUGUAAUUAGAGAAUUUCUCAACGAAGCAGGCAUUUAUCCAUCGCCAAAGGGCUAUAAGUUGAUCGACCACUUUGAAGCUUCUGACAAGGUGAAGUUGACCAAGGACAAUAUCGGCUGUGCCAGAAUAUUAUCUACCAUUGACACCGAGUACGAUGGCCAGUCAGCGAUUCUCAGCAACAACGAGAACUUGGUUCCGAUCUUGACUGCCAGCAAAACUAGUUUCUCUUCCAAUGACAACAUCAACCCUGUUGAUAACGAGAACUCGUGGGGAUUCGGCCAACAGAGUCAUUUGGCAGUAUCCCUCCAGGCAUUGAGUGGUACUCGUAUCACUUGGGUUGGAUCGAUCGAGCUCUUGAAGCAAGAGUUGCUCUUAUGGGCCAUUGGUCAGAGGAAUGCACUUAAGUUGCAGUUUGUUCAACACCAUAAGGCUGACGAGCCUCAAAACCUCGACUCCACCUUGUACAGAAUCAAAGAUCAAGUGGUCUAUACCAUUGGAGUUAGUGAAUUGGUAGAUGGCCAAUGGAAGCCGUUUGUGGUGGAAAAUGACGAGGAGACUUUACAAUUGAGCUUUAAGAUGUUGGACCCAUACCAAAGAUUAAACUUACAACCUUUGGGUGAAGCCUCGUCGGUUGAAGGAAGCAAAGUGUUGGACACCUACGUGUACUCUGUCAACUUUACCAUUCCCGACCAGCAUGGAAUGUUCACGUUUGAAUUGGACUACAAGAGACCUGGUCUCACCUACUUAUUGGAGAAACAAGUGGUGGCUAUCAGACACUUGGCCAACGAUGAGUAUAAGAGAUCGUGGGAUAUUACCAACGCCUGGUUCUAUGUUGUCAGUGCCGUGUUGGUGGUUAUCGCAUGGUUCUUUUUCGUGGUGAACUUCUUAUACGUAAGCAAGGUAGAUGUAGGUAAGAAAGACCAAUAAAAAUUUUAUACUGAAUACAUAAACUAGAAA